CUUGAGUGCCGCGGGCCGGAGAGUAGUCGGAAGUUGCUCCUGAGAUUAUAGUGCUCAUCCUUUCUUGACGCUCCGCCCCGAGCUCGGGUGUGAAGAGCCUGGCACGGCUGGGCCCGGACGGAGCCCGUCAGGUUGGGGAUCGAAGGUGGCAGCCUGUUGGAUUGGAGCCAUGGGUCAUGGCCGAGUUCGCCGGUCAUCGGAACAGAGCUAGCGCUGUGUGCAUUGGAGGCGCCCUACUUUCCCUGUCAACGGCUCUCCCUAGGGUGGCAUCUUUCUAAGUGAAUUCCACUCAUGCUAUUUUGAGUUGUCGUCUUUGAUCAGUAGGCUCGGUGAUGUAACCUCUAGGAGGGCAGGGUUAAUUUUAUGUUUGGUUCAUGAAUGUAUCUGUAAGACUUCAAGUGGUACCAGAUCAUGGAGGACACUCAAGCUAUUAACUGGGAGGUUGAUGAAGAGGAGGAGACAGAGAGACCCAGUGACUCCUCGGAGUGUAGCUUGCAGCCCCUAGGGCGACUGCGUGUCUUCAGUAGUGCCCACGGACCAGAAAAAGAUUUCCCACUCUACCUUGGAAAGAAUGUGAUAGGCCGAAUGCCCGAUUGCUCUGUGGCCCUGCCCUUUCCAUCCAUCUCCAAGCAACAUGCAGUGAUUGAAAUCUUGGCCCGGGACAAGGCACCUGUCCUCUGGGAUUGUGGGAGCCUCAAUGGUACUCAAAUCCUGAGGCCUCCUAAAUUCCUGAGCCCUGGGGUGAGUCAUCGUCUGAGGGACCAGGAGUUCGUUGUCUUUGCUGACUUGCCCUGCCAGUACCAUCGCCUGGAUGUUUCCCUGCCCUUUGUCUCCCGGGGCCCCCUAACUGUAGAGGAGACACCGAGGGUACAGGGAGGUACUCGACCCUGGGGGAUCCUGCUGGCUGAGGACUCAGAAGACGAAGUAGAUCGUCCUUCUGAAAGGUACAUGGUGAAAGAACCAAGGACCACGUCCUCCCCUUUGGCAACAGUCGUUCCAGAGAGUGAUGAAGAGGGGCCUUCUUCUGCCCCAGAUGGCCCUGGGCCACCUUGUACCUUCAACUUGGACAGUGACACAGAUGAGGAAGAAAGUCAGCAGCCAGCAGCAGGGGAGGCCUCCUCAGCCGCCACAAGAGAUGCCACUGCAGAGACAGAGCAGCGUAGAGCUGUCACAACUGAAAUCCAGUUUGAAAAGGAUCAGACUUCUGGGCAGGAGAGGAACAGUGACACAAGAGUCGAGAGGGACGCAGGCAAUGGGGUGAUUCUGGAGAGGAGCCAGCCCACUGGGGAGGACAGUGAGACAGAUGUGGAUGAGAGCAGGCCUCCAGGAAGGCCGGCUGACGUUCAUCUGGACAGGGCCCAGCCUUCUGGCUUCAUAGACAGUGAUACUGACGUGGAAGAAGAGGGGAUUCCCGCGACCCCAGCUGUAGUUCCUGUGCAGAAGACACAGAUCUUCCAUGGAGUCUGUACAGGGAGUCCUGGGGGACCUGACCUGGCACAUCUUCAAGAGAGCCCAGCUGGUAGUGACACAGAUAUAGAGGACGCUGAGGCCCCACUCGUGGCCCUGGUGCAAAGCCAAGCCUCUGUGCUGAGCGCCAGCAACACAGACAAGCAGGAAGUGUCGGCAGUGCUCACCUUGGCCCAUCUGAAGGAGAGCCAGGCCCCUGCGUGGAACAGAAACACGGAUGUGCAAGAGGACGCAGCCCAGCCUCCCGCUCUCCAUGAGCGAAGCCGGACCUCUGCUGGGAGAGGCAGUGACACAGACGAGGGGGGGGGAAACCUGGUGGAAAAGAGAGACUGUGUCCCCAAGGAUUAUGCAGACAAAGCUCAUUCAGAAAAGAGCCAGCCUCCCUUCAGGGACAGUGAUAUAGAAGUGGAAGAAGGUAAGAGUUCACCUGGAGUCCACCUGGAGAGAAGCCAAGCCUCUGCCACAGCGGGCUUCAACACACAAGUGGAAAAGGAAGUCCCCCCAGGGCCAGCUGCUACACUUCCGGAGAAGCAUCAAGAGCCUGUGACAUGGAAAAAUCCAACAAAUGUGGAAGCAGAAGGGGGCCCUACAAAGCUGCCUGCAGUGUGGCCUCCCCCAGGAGGGGACUGUGGAACAACUGCUGAGGAGAGUGUGUCCUUAUCAGCCUCAACUGUGACAGGUGUAAGAAAGAGCCAGCUUCCAGCUGAAGGGGAUGCUGGGACAGAGUGGGUUGUACCUGUUCUUCAGCAGGAGAGAGCUCUUGAGGCGGCAGCCCAGGGUGGGUCACCUUUAGCACAAGUGGAGCAGGACCAUCUCCUCAUCUCAAGGGAGAGCCUAACAGGUCUCUUGGUAGACACGGGUACUGCAGGGGAACCCACCCAGCCACAGAGAAAGGGAGCCCAGCCUCCCAGAGAAGGUGGGAGAGAACCACAUGUGGACAUGACCAAGGACUCUGGACACAACCAUGAUGAUUCUAAAGAUCUAGACCUACAAGCUACCCAGUGCUUUGUGGAGAGAGAGAAUCUGAGCCUGGAAGGUGCCCUGGAUGAGCCAUUGGAGAUCUUGGCUACACAGCCAUACUGUCUAAGAGAGUCUGAGGCCUCUGAGACCCAGCCCAUUGCUGCCUACCUUGAGGCCCAUGGGUCUUGCCCCUUUUCACCUUGGCCAACACCUCGAGACCAACAUCCAGAAAGCCCAGAUCACGCAGAGCCGUUGGGGAUUGAAGACAGAGGGCUGCAGACUGCGGAGAAAGGCAUGGGCCACAGUUGUAAGAUGCCACCUGCUGAGAAGCCGUCUAGGGGUGAUCCAGAAUCCCUAGAUGCUUGUUUGCCUCCGGCAGUACCUGAAGCCUCAGGCCCAGUCCAAAGCCCUCUCAUCUCUCAGCCCCAAAAUCAUCCUGCUUCUCAGCCCUGCUUUGCUCCCUCUCCACCUUCUUUAGAGCCACUCAUUCCCAGGGCCGGGCAAAAUGAGAGUCAGGAAGUUCCAGAGAAUCCCUUGUCCUCAGAGCUGGACCCUCUUCAUGCAAAACCUAAAGUCAGGCCCCAGGGGUGCUCUAGGAUGAUACCCUCUCCAGCUUCUUCUAUAUCUCUGGAGCCCCCCCCUACCACCCCCACAGACCAGCCCAUCAGCCCUGAGCCCACAUCUCAGGCCACUCGGGACAGGACACAUAGGGCCUCUAUCAAGGCCCCUGAACCAAGUGUCCCCACAGCUGCUGAGCUCUACCCUACCACCCCCACAGACCAGCUCAUCACUCCUGAGCCCACAUCUCGGGGCAAGACACAACGAGCCUCUGUCAAAACCCCUGAACCAACUGUCCCCACAGCCCCUGAGCUCCACCCUAACACCCCUAAAGAGCAGCCCAUCACCCCUGAGCCCACAUCUCAGGCCACUCGGGACAGGACACACAGAGCUUCUGUCAAGGCCCAUGAACCAACUGUCCCUACAGCCCCCACAGAGCAGGCUAUCACCCCUGAACCCACAUCUCAGGCCACUCGGGGCAGGACACAUAGGGCCUCUGUCAAGACCCCUGAACCAACUGUCCCCACAACCCCUGAGCUCCACCCUACCACCCCUAAAGAGCAGCCCAUCACCCCUGAGCCCACAUUUCGGGCCACUCGGGGCAGGGCACACAGAACUUCUGUCAAGGCCCAUGAACCAACUGUCCCCACCGCCCCUGAGCUCCGCCCUACCACCCCCACAGAGCAGGCCAUCACCCCUGAGCCCACAUCUCGGGCCACUCGGGGCAGGAUACAUAGGGCCUCUGUCAAGACCCCUGAACCAACUGUCCCCACAACCCCUGAGCUCCACCCUACCACCCCUAAAGAGCAGCCCAUCACCCCUGAGCCCACAUUUCGGGCCACUCGGGGCAGGGCACACAGAACUUCUGUCAAGGCCCAUGAACCAACUGUCCCCACCGCCCCUGAGCUCCGCCCUACCACCCCCACAGAGCAGGCCAUCACCCCUGAGCCCACAUCUCGGGCCACUCGGGGCAGGAUACAUAGGGCCUCUGUCAAGGCUCCUGAACCAACUGUCCCCACAACCCCUGAGCUCCACCCUACCACCCCUAAAGAGCAGCCCAUCACCCCUGAGCCCACAUCUCGGGCUACUCGGGGCAGGACACACAGAGCUUCUGUCAAGGCCCCUGAACCAACUGUCCCUACAGCCCCCGAGCUCCACCCUACCACCCCCACAGAGCAGGGCAUCACCCCUGAGCCCACAUCUCGGGCCACUCGGGGCAGGACACAUAGGGCCUCUGUCAAGGCUCCUGAACCAACUGUCCCCACAGCCCUGGAGCUCCACCCUACCACCCCUAAAGAGCAGCCCAUCACCCCUGAGCCCACAUUUCGCGCCACUCGGGGCAGGACACAUAGGGCUUCUGUCAAGAGCCCUGAACCAACUGUCCCCACAGCCCCUGAGCUCCACCCUACCACCUCCAAAGAGCAGCCUAUCACCCCUAAGCCCACAUCUCGGGCCACUCGGGGGACACAUAGGGCCUCUAUCAAGGCCCCUGGACCAACUAUCCCCACAGCCCCUAACCUUGAACCUCCCACCCCUACAGACCAGCUUGUCACUUCCAAGGCCGUAGCUCAGGGUGGUCAGAGCAGGACACUGAGGUCUAAAAUACGCUCUGUGCCAGUUUCUACCACCCCUGACUUCCAGUCUCCUGUCCCCACAGACCAGCCUAUUCCCCCUGAGCCCAUACCUCAAGCCAAUUGUAGCAGGAGGCAAAGGGUCACUAGGAAGCAUGGGUCCCUUGUAGCUCCCAUUGUCUGUGAACCCUGCUCUGCACCCCUUGAACCUAACUCCUGGUCCUCAAGGAGCCAAAGGCGGGGAGCAGUGAAAGCAACUGAGUCCCUCGGGCCCAUUCCUGAGCCUGCCUUUGCCCAGCUUCUUGAGGCACCCACUCAUGCUCCCCAGAUCCAAAAGGUAGAGGCAGCAGGUAGAUAUGAGUUCACCCCAGAGUCCCAGUCUAAGGCCUUUCAAGACCGCAAGAGGCCUUCAGAUACUGUUGAUUCACCCCCACUUCAAAAACGGCUGCAAAGACACGUCCCUCGGAAGACAGUGUCCAUCAAGGGAGUGGAGGAAGAGCCCACAGAGAAGCCAGGGAAGGAAGAGGUAAGGAGAGAGCUGGGGCUGCACAGCUGGGAAAGGGCUCGGGGGCUUAGAAACUCCCACCAGGAUCCUUCUCAAUCCCAGGAUAUAGUGAUGCCAGGAUCCGGCAAGAGAAAGAAAGACCAGGCUGAGGAAGAGCCCAAGAGAAUGCCGGGCCGCAGCCUCCGACGGACCAAACCUAACCACGAGUCCACAGCCCCCAAAGUGCUCUUCACAGGAGUGGUGGAUGCCCGUGGAGAACAGGCAGUGCUCGCCCUGGGGGGGAGUCUGGCCAGCUCGGUGGCAGAGGCGUCCCACCUGGUGACUGAUCGAAUCUGCCGGACAGUCAAGUUCCUGUGUGCUGUGGGGCGGGGGAUCCCUAUCCUCUCCCUGGACUGGCUGUACCAGUCCCGCAAGGCCGGUUGCUUCUUGCCUCCGGAUGAGUAUGUGGUGACUGAUCCUGAGCAGGAAAAGAACUUUGGCUUCAGCCUCCGUGACUCCCUGAGCCGGGCUCGUGAGCAAAGGCUUCUAGAGGGCUAUGAGAUUCAUGUGACCCCUGGAGUCCAGCCACCUCCACCUCAGAUGGGAGAGAUCAUCAGCUGCUGUGGAGGCACUGUCCUACCCAGCAUGCCCCGGUCCUACAAGCCUCAGAGAGUUGUGAUCGCAUGCUCCCAGGAUGUCCCUCGAUGCACCACGCCAUUUCGGGUUGGGCUGCCCAUCCUCUCACCUGAGUUCCUGCUGACAGGAGUGCUAAAGCAGGAAGCCAAGCCAGAGGCCUUUGUUCUCUCCCCAUUGGAAAUACCAUCCACGUGAAAGCCCCACCCCAGUACUCUUUUCCCUCCCAGACCAAUAAAUAGUUAGAAAAUAUUUGGGAAAAAGAACUUAGGGCUUUAAAAGGA